CGGUGAUGCUGGGGAGCGCGGCGCUGCCCUGCUCCCCCCGGCUCUUCCUGGGGAGCAGAGGGGACCAAGCCCCCCAACACUGAGCCCCUGGGACGUGCCCCAGGCUCCCCAUGCCCCGGGCUGCUGCCCAGAGCCUCCCACGACCCCUGAGGCUGCGAAGAUGCCGGUGGCUGCAACGGAUGGUGGACGUUGAUGUUUGCGUGGGUGGAGAUAGUACCAGAAGAAAAAUGGAUGCCCUGACAGAUAGUGCAGUUGAGAUUGUCCCUUUGGAGCUCUAUGAUUCAGCCAGAGCAAAAAUAGCUGCUAAUCUACAAUGGAUCUGUGCGAAAGCCUACGGAAUAGAUAACGUCCCAGAGGAGCUGAAGGACCCUUUUUACAUAGAUCAGUAUGAACAAGAGCAUAUUAAGCCCCCCGUCAUCAAGCUGCUGCUCUCCGGCGAGCUGUACUGCCGCGUCUGCAGCCUCAUCCUGAAGGGGGAUCAGGUGGCUGCUCUGCAGGGACACCAGUCCGUCAUCCAGGCUCUGUCUCGGAAAGGGAUUUACGUCAUGGAGAGUGAUGAUACACCUGUGUCUGAAUCUGAUCUGGGCUGUGCACCAAUCAAAAUGAGUUCUCAUAUGGCAAUGAUCGAUGCUCUUAUGAUGGCCUACACUGUAGAAAUGAUCAGCAUUGAGAAGGUGGUCGCUAGUGUCAAGCGUUUCUCUACAUUCAGUGCCUCAAAAGAACUGCCCUAUGAUUUGGAAGAUGCAAUGGUUUUCUGGAUUAAUAAGGUGAACCUUAAAAUGAGAGAGAUAACAGAGAAAGAGAUUAAAUUAAAACAGCAACUAAUGGAAAGUCCAGGGCACCAAAAGUCUCCUUCCAAAUGGUAUUGGAAAUUAGUACCUGUGCGUUACCGAAGAGACCAUCUUUCAAGCAGGCAAUUACCUUACUUCCCUCUGCUUGAAGAUUUGAUGAAGGAUGGUAGCGAUGGUGCUGCUCUUCUAGCUGUGAUACACUAUUAUUGUCCAGAGCAAAUGAAACUAGAUGAUAUUUGUUUGAAGGAGGUAACAUCAAUUGCAGACAGCCUCUAUAAUAUUCAACUUUUGAGAGAAUUCUCAAAUGAAUAUCUAAACAAAUGCUUUUACCUCACAUUGGAGGACAUGUUAUAUGCUCCUUUGGUUUUAAAGCCUAACGUCAUGGUAUUCAUUGCGGAACUCUUCUGGUGGUUUGAGAAUGUCAAACCAGACUUUGUACAACCAAGAGAUAUUCAGGAAAUAAAAGAUGUUAAAACAGUGUUGCAGCAGAAGAGCAGUCGCCCGCCUGUUCCUAUUUCCAACGCAACGAAGCGCAGUUUCAUGGCCAGCCCCGCUGCUACGGGUCCCACAGACUUGCAGCCCUCGGCACAGACCGGCCCCGAAGCCUGUAGCAGGUACUACCUGCACCCUGAGGAGCCCGACUACCUUGUCAAAGGAGGAAGCCCUGCCUUCAGCCCUUCCCAUCCACUGCUCCCUUUGAGACAAAAGCAACAAAAAUCAUUACAGGGAGAAGACAGCCCUGGUCAUCGACAUCGUUCUAAUUCUCUGACCCGUGUUGAUGGGCAGCCACGAGGGUCAGUUCUUGCGUGGCCAGAGCGGAAACCCAGGCCUCUGUCUCAGCCAACACCGUUUGCUCUUCAUCAUUCUGCCAGCAGUGACGUGGACCCUGGCUCUGGUGACAGCAUCAGCCUGGCUAGAUCCAUCAGCAAAGACAGCCUUGCCUCAAAUGUUGUUAAUGUCACUCCGAAAAAUCAGCCUCAUCCUCCGUCGAUGAAAACUAACGGGAAGAGCUUGCUCAACAACGUUGAAAUCGAGGAUGAAGACGAAGAGCUUAUUGCAAUAAUCAGAUCUGAAGAAAGGCCAAACCGCGGUGAUGCUGAAGCGCAGAACGCGUCGGCCAGGGUGCCCAGCGUAGCUGCGAUGGCGUGGUCUCCAAAAACAAACAGUGAGACUUCAGACAGCAAACCAGACAGUUUUUACUUGGAGCCUUUAAUGCCUGCCGUCCUAAAACCAGCAAAGGAAAAACAGAUCAUCAAUAAAGAGGAUGAAUGUGGGGAGGGGAAACAAAGGAGUUUUAUAACGAAGAGAUUAAAUGAAGGACACUUGCCUUUGAUCCGCAAGAAAACAAAUAGCAGUCAUGGUGAGCAUGACCUCAAUAGGACUUUUACUCCAAUUUCUAGUUCUGAUUUCACUCCAGUUGCAGAUCCCAGUACUGCAGAUUCCGUGGCACUGGCGGAAGCAAGUUUAGAAGCUUCCAGACCUUUGGCGAGUAGCAGUUUGGAUCCUUCCGCGCAGGAGCUAUCCACUGGAGGAUUUUUUCUUCAUGCUGCUAAAUCUGAGGAUGACAUAGCAAGUAAAGUCAAUGUGAGUUAUGUGAAAAGUCUCAAUUUGCAUGUUCCAGAUACCACGUGGACUAUGGUGAGACAGGACUCUGAGUCGGAUCUCUUAGACAUAGAAGACGCUGAGCAGGAUUUGGUAGUCAUAGAUGACCAUCCUAUAGUCACUAAAUACAUUGGAGAGGAAGAAUCUGCAAAAUUGCAAGAAGAUAUGAAGGUAAAAGAACAUGAAGAUAAGGAUGAUGCUAGCGGACGUUCCAGCCCGUGUUUGAGUACAAUUUCUCAAGUCAGCAGUGUGUCAAUGGCCAGUGGCAGUGUCCGAAUGACCAACUUUGCAGAACGAAAGCUUCAGAGGCUUAAUAGCUACGAAACAAAGUCCAGCACAAGCAGUUCUCAAAAGACCACACCAGAUGGGUCAGAAAGCUGCCCAGCACCUCUGACCACAUGGAAACAAAAACGAGAGCAAAGCCCCAACAGUCAAAAUAAAGAUAACGUUAAUCUUUUAGCUUCUGAAUUGGUGCAGCUUCAUAUGCAGUUGGAAGAGAAACGAAGAGCAAUAGAGGCUCAGAAGAAGAAGAUGGAAGCCUUGUCGGCAAGGCAGCGACUAAAAUUGGGCAAGGCUGCUUUCUUGCAUGUUGUUAAAAAGGGGAAAUCUCCUGAUGUUCCCCAACCACUUAAACCAGAACAUUUUGCAAAAGAAUAUGCUCGGCACAACGGUGAAGAGUUGGAUGAAGUUUCCUUGGGUUCCAAAUGUGAGGAGUUUCUUGUGAAAGAGGAGGAGAGAGAAGAAAUGCUAAAUGAUUCUCCAGAAGUAGCAAAAGUAAAAAUGCAAGAAAGCUUAGCUUUUGCUGAGCCACAUAAACCAAAAGACUCUGCUGCUAUACAUGAUUUGGAAAAAAAUAAAAUUAUUUCUGUGGCCCUCCUAGAAGACAAUGUUACUGAAGUGGAUAUAAAUGAAUGUGAUCUUUCUAUUGAAAAGCUAAAUGAAACAAUUAGUACGCUUCAGCAGGCUAUAUUAAAGAUUUCUCAGCAACAGGAGCUACUUAUGAAAUCUCCAUCAGUGCCAUCACCAGGAACCAGAAGUAACUCUCAGGACCAAAAGGUAAAACCAUCAAUUCAUUUUGUUGAGCCCCUAUCUCCAACUGGAAUGAACAGUCUUCGUAAACCACCUCGAUUUGGUCAAGGAAGGAGUCCUCGAUCGGGAAGACCAGCUGAUCUGAAAGUCCCUAAAGACAGACAGCAAAAUUCAACACGUGUUAAAACCCCAACACCGAGCCUAGAAACCUUACCACACUUAAGACCGUUUCCGCCCAAUAGCUUGUCAAAGACCCCAACAGAAAUUGGCUUGGAAAAUAGUCCUGAUCAUGGAAGUGUUUCUCAAGAAAAGUGUUUCUUUGAUACCUAUAGACUUCACGAUGAGAGCAAUCAACGGUCGCUUGUUCUCUCCACCUCCAAAGAUGCAAAUAUUAUUUCUGAAAUGAGCAAAGAGGUGAAUAACAGCUUCAAGGAACUGGGGUUGAAUUCUUCUGAUGGCUCAGGAAAAGAAAAUGUCCCAGUGGAUGAGCCACUGAGAAGCAAGGCUAAUCUCAUCGAAGUGGACUUGUCUGACUUGAAAGCUCCGGAUGAAGGAGAACUUGAAAACCAGGAUAGCUCCACGGAUAUAAUUAGUGAAGGUGAUCAGAAGUCUGGUGUGGGCUUUUUCUUCAAGGAUGAGCAGAAAGCAGAAGACGAGCUGGCGAAAAAGCGCGCAGCGUUCCUUUUGAAACAGCAGCGCAAAGCUGAGGAGGCUCGGAUUCGGAAACAGCAGUUGGAGGCUGAAGUUGAACAGAAAAGAGAUGAAGCUCGUCGCAAAGCUGAGGAGGACCGAAUACGGAAAGAAGAAGAGAAGGCUCGAAGAGAACUUAUCAAGCAAGAAUAUCUAAGGAAAAAACAGCAGCAAAUUUUGGAGGAGCAAGGGCUUGGAAAGCCCAAAUCAAAGCCCAAAAAACCCAGGCCAAAGUCGGUCCAUCGCGAAGAAUCUUACAGUGAUUCAGGCACAAAGUGUUCUUCCACACCGGAUAAUUUGAGCAGUGCUCAGUCUGGCUCCAGUCUGUCUUUGGCCUCAGCAGCAACAACUGAACCCGAAAGCGUACACUCUGGUGGCACGCCGUCCCAGAGAGUUGAAUCGAUGGAAUCCUUACCAAUACUGAGCAGAAAUCCCAGCAGAAACACAGAGAGAGACUGGGAGAACGCUUCGACAGCAUCUUCUAUUGCUUCAGUGGCAGAAUACACAGGUCCAAAAUUAUUUAAGGAACCCAGCAGCAAAUCAAACAAACACAUUAUUCACAAUGCUAUCUCUCAUUGCUGUCUCGCUGGAAAAGUGAACGAACCACAUAAGAUUUCAAUAUUAGAGGAACUAGAGAAAUGUGAUGCCAACCACUACAUCAUUUUGUUCCGCGAUGCCGGCUGCCAGUUCAGAGCACUUUACUGCUACUAUCCCGACACUGAAGAAAUCUACAAGCUGACUGGAACGGGGCCAAAGAGCAUCACCAAGAAAAUGAUUGACAAACUUUAUAAGUACAGUUCGGACAGAAAACAGUUUAAUGUGAUUCCAGCCAAAACCAUGUCGGUCAGCGUGGAUGCGCUCACGAUCCACAACCACUUGUGGCAAGCCAAGAGACCCGCCGUGCCAAAGAAGACUCAGACUCGUAAAUGACACUGAGCUCUUGGGGAGAAGAUUGCUGGGAUUUGCAUCGAAAGAAGACAUGUUUACCGUUUUCCUCCAGUUUGGUAUGAAAAUGUGCAGAACCAUAAACGUUUUUUAAGAAGCUUCUAAACAGAAACCGUGGAUGCAAGUUAUUAAGAAUGAAGGAACGGUGCCAGUGUUUUUUUGUAUGGAUAAUAAAUCUGCUGUUACACCCAAUGCUAACUACUGUGGCUUUCAACUGAUGAGGGACUCUGCAUGUAGCAAGAUCUUUAACAAGUGGAUUUCCUUUUACUUGAAGCUUUUCAUCGGUACAAAUUGGGAAUAAUUCAGUUCUGUUUCCUCUCCACUUCAUUCCCUCCUUUUUCCUGUCAUUCUUAAAAGUUGGCAAGCUCUGAACUUCAGUAGAAGGAUUGAACAGAUCUUGGGUGAAGUGUUUUGGGUUUGGUUUGGUUUUUUAAACAGUCUUUAGGGAAAUCUUCCUUUCAGACUUUUUUGAGGAACUGUUUAGUACAUCAAAUUAUUGUACUGUAUCUACUGCCAACGUUAAGUCCAGCUCUCAGAUUUCUGAAAAAAGCCCCAACUCGUGCUGCUCAGAACAGAGUUUACUUGCAGUAUCUGUUUAGGAUAAGCAUUGCAAGGAUUGCAAAAGCCAGUCUUUUUAAAAAAAAAAACAAACAGAAUUGUUUGCAAAUGUAAAGAUUUCUGGAAUACAAUCAUGAAGAGGCAUACAGGUGCUACUAGCUGGAAUGUGCCUGGCUGAAACUUAAGGCGAGCGGAAUGGAGCACAGUUAUUACUGAUUUCAGUUUCAGGUAGUGUCCUAAAGAUUUGUUUGCUUUAAUAAAGAUGGAUUCUGGUAGGUAUAGAACAUUUCCACUCUGAGCACGCUACUCCUGUAUGAUGGUGCACUUAAUGAUCACAAAUUUUAAUGUUUUUAUUACAUCAUGAAAUGUAAUUCUACUUUCUUUGUCCUGUCUUUAUUCUGAAUGAGCAGCAUGCUCUACUAUCAAGAGUGUGUUACGUUUUUUAUUUUGGGUGAUAUAUUAAUAUAUAUUGAUUUGUUUUUCUCAUUUGAAAGCAAUUUUUAAACAGAGACAUUUGCAUUUGUUUCAAAAGCCCAAAUAAGUCGAAUGGCUUGGAUUUCUUUUCAUGUUGAAAUAUUAAAUCUUGAGUUAUGACCUUAAAAAGUCUUUGUGUUUCAGCAGAUUAAAUUUUUGUCUGUGGUAACAGGGUAUACUUGCAGUUCAGUUCCUUUUUGGUUUGUUUUUUUUUUUAAUUAUUCCCAUUUCUCAUUUUUGGCCCCGGUUAGACUUCUGAGUAGGUAUCUGUAGCUAUUUUCUAAUUUAAUCUGCUAACGAGCGCCUGCUCCAUCUGGUCUGACACUACUACCGGAGGGGUCGCGUGGGCUUAUACCUUUUGGUUUGCACAUGUUUACUUUUAUUUGAAGUGUUACUUGAAUACGUGUCUCUUAAGUGCAAAAGGCACACCACCACCCUGGAGAUGAACUGAGCUCUAACAGGACAGUGGAAUUAUUAAACUUUAGAGAAUAAUGGAAGUUACGGAGAGUUACGUACAGAAGGGGAAAAUAGGGUAGGGAAUAAAGUACUAACUAGGUAGAGCCAAGUGAAGGUCUUCCGUUGCAGUCUCUCCAUUUUUUCCCCUCCAGUACUCCGUGACUAGGCUGCUGCAACUUUGUAAAUUAUGUUAGAUAGUUCGCUGCUUGUAAAUAAUUUAAAAGGCUUUAUGGUUUCUAAAGUGCUAAGUAUUAAACACCGUCAUGAGUGUAACUUUUGUUACCAUGCUUUUCAUGCUUGUGCUUUAUUUCUCACUGUUUGAUAUUAUAUACCAUAUUUAUUUUAUGAAACACUGAAGUUUAAUAAAAAUCAUUAACUGAUUUCCUUUUUAUUUCAUGUGUACUUUUGUUGUUGUUGUUGUGACACUUCAUCCCCUCAAAGAACUAAUAUGCUUUAAAGAUGUGCUAUUCUGUGUUCAGUUGAGCUUUUAGAAAGCCUCACCUGUAUGUGGCUGGAAUAAUUCCAUGCCAAGAGCUUCGUUCUAACCCUGAUUGCUUUCUGCAAGAUUUUGAGCAAUGGGCUUUCAGAAAAUUGGAAAGUAAUUUAACAGUCUCUUUAAGGAUUUCCUUCAUCCAUCUUCAGACUCUUGAAUCUGGCUGGUGGGUUUUCUUGGAUCGGUGUGUUCAGUCAGUGACAGGAUUUUGGAAGCACCAAGAGAAUUUCCUUUGUUGGGCUCUUCAGUAUUAGCUUGUUUGUGAUUUGGAAAGACAAGCUGCCUCUGGAAUUUAGGAAUAAGCUGGUUGUUUAAGCUUCAUAAUGAAUCCACGUUGGUUGCACAGAAGUGAAAUUUGCAUUCUCAAAGCUAUAGACUUUUCCAAUGCAGAAAUAGUUCUCUGUGACUGGACAGUGAAUUUUUCAAAUAAGAUAGUCCUUGUUUGUAGAGAAAAAUAAACAAAUCAGUGGUUUGUAUUUUGCUGUGUUUCAUUCAGGCUGAGAUAUCGCUGCCCAUAGAAAGGAAUGGACUAAAAGAAGGUGAUGGCACCUUCAGUGUCCUCCUGGAUCUCGUUGUUCUAGAUCAGGUCCUCACUGUUCCUGCUGCAACGUGGGUUCCUUUACUGCUGGAAAAGUAGGAGGUGACAUCCCUUGGGAGAGGAGAGGAGGCCAGGAGUUCUUCAUCUGUAGGGAGCAGGUAGUCUGUCCCAAGUGAGGAUCACAGAGGAAGUUAAGGAGUAAGCCAUUUUCUAAGAGAUUAAAUUCUCUAAAAAACAGUAGUCUUGAGUUUUAGUUCAAAAGACCAUUGAUCUCAAAUACCUUGGCAAGGAAUAUGGUGUAUUAAUUGAGUUUGGAAAAGUGGGAAGAGAAGCUUGUCUGUAAAGAACAUAACAAUUGAGUGUGGAGAGGAAUGUAGGAAAACUCUAGACCUAUGGAGGUAAAUGCAGAUGGUGUUUUGUAGAAGGGUCAGUGUCAGCUUCUCCUACUGACUCUAGAAGGGAAAUAAACUCUAAUGGCUGUCUAAAAACAAGGGGUUCCCCCCCGAAUUUUCUGAAGAAGUGCCUAAACCUUUUGUGUCCUCCCACCAAGUUCACUCUGAGCUGGAGAAUUAGUUUCCCAUGAGAGUAGCCUGAAAGUAGAUCUGUCUCUGACCUCUCUCGAUUUCUUACUGGUUUCUUACACAUAAUAAAUUCAAGAAUGUACAUCUUUAAAGUGCUCUUAAACGCAGUUUUUUUUCCCCUCAAACUUUCAUGCCCCGGUCUGUUGUGUAUUUACACGUGCUGUUUGCGUUUGUGGUUAAUGUGUCUUUGUCUCAUUUUCAUCAUCCUCUGCGGUAGAGUACGAGUCCAAGCAAGAGUAAGCUGAGUUUGGGAAAUACUCACUGACUUUGAAAACCUUAAUACAGUUGGACACGACGUGCUGGGCGGCUAGAACUGUUGAGUGUGCAGAAAAAAUAAUGUGAGUUUUCUCCACUGGAGAGUAAAGAGCUCUGAAAGUGGGGAUCUCGGGGGGGUUUCACUGAGCCAAGGGCUUGGGGCUGUUUUGUAAGGUCAGAGUAACACGACUGCCUUCUCAGGACUUGAGUUUUCCAUUCCUUUCCCCACAAGCCUUCAGAACUGAUCGCUAGAGGCAAUGUCAGAAUGCUCAAAACCCUUCACUUUGUUGGUUUUUUGUUGUUUUGGUUUUUUUUGUAUUCUAAAUGCAGCAACAAACAAGAUGUGUCAUCUCUCUGAGCUGCUGGUCCUUGGAGCCUGGUGUACUCUGUGACAGCAGGAGCCCACCUGGGGGGUUUCUGCAGUCGUGCUUUAGUGUAGCCAGUCUUUCUGGCUGGGUAUUAAGCUAUUAUCCAUGCUCUGCCUGUCUAAUUAAAUAGCUUUCAGUUAAUUAGGGUUUUAAAUGUAAUUCAUGGCAGUUGAGCGCGGUGCAGGUGGCGGAGGAUGGCAGUGGUGGGACGUGUCACAGGACACCCAUCUGGAAAGGGACCUGCAAAGAAGAUUUUUGAGAGAUUGAUUUUGUACCUGUUUUUCCUGCUACGUUCCCUACACAGAACGGGAAAAAUUUGAGUCAUUUUGUGGGGGAGACAUUCUGUGUGCACUUCUGAUCAGUGAAAACUUUGAUACCAGAUUCUUCAGGACAGUUUGAAAUGGAGGUAUUCACGUGGUCGACUUGAGUAUAUUUUUUAGAUGUCUACAAUACAUCUUUCAACACAUUAAAACUGAAAAAAAAAA